AUGGCAAACAAACUAAAUGUUUACUCGGCGGAGCCUGCAUUACCGGUCCUUGCUGAUUCGCUACUGCGACCGUCAGGACCAACAGAAAAUACAGCUCCUCGUUCUAAUCAAACAACCGCAAAAAAUGACUGGAACCUCAAAAAUGAUUGGAAACAGGGCAUCCAAUCCUCCCAAGAAGCAGUCUUCCGGUGCGGGGUCAUCCUCGGCUUCUCCAGGCUGCGAAUGAGAAGCAGCGAAAGCAACGAGUAUAUUGGACAGAUUCCUCGAUACAUUCUCACAAACCAACUACGGAGUAUCCAUCCAUCAUCUGAACCGAGCGCAUUCAUUAUCCACCCACGAAGCUUCGAGGCUUUUGCCCCAAGGACUCUACUCAAUGAACUACAGUCUUCUUCCCAUGGCCAACCCGGUCUUUCAAGAGAUGAUGCAAUCCGUAGACUUGACUGUGUGCAGUUACUUCCUGUACACAACUUCCCCAAUGCCGCACAGGCUAUCGGUAAGGUCUCGGACGCGCUGCACAAGAUCCAAGAAAAAAGGGAAAACCAGACAAAAGCGACCGAGGCAAACCCAUCCACCCACGACCCCAUUAUGCUCAUCGUUGUGGGCCUUGAUACCCUAACCGAAAGUGUAAUUCGAGCCUCCAACCCGGCUCGAGGUGCAGCCGUUUUGACAGCUACACUCCGUACCCUAACGCGCUUGUCUCGCGUGCACGCCUCUCAUCUCUCGAUCAUUCUUGUCAAUACUAGUGGACUGGGGACGAUGAAUCCAGAGUGGGAUAACAAUAAACUGCCGACUGGAAACGCUAUUUCCUAUGGAGGUAGUGCCGCGAGGCAGCCGCUGGAAGAUGGCAUCCACUCCAUCUUCCAUUCGGAUAUCCCCUCCCUGUUCCCCAUCUUGCUCAUGAAGACGUUAGACCAAGGCAUCGAUACCCAUCUGUUGCUUUCUGAUGUGAAAGGAGCUCAGAUAGUCGAAGUGAUCAAAGAUCGAGUUGGUACGAGUCUAGGCAAAUGGGGAAUAUGGAAUGAGCAAUGA